AUGAGAGUUGGGAGACAUUCGCAGAGUCUUACGCUUAUACCAUUAGAUCCAGAGAUCGAACUAAUGCUUCACAAGCUUAACAAGCUCAAAAGGAGGAAGGAUGCAAUAUUGGAAAAGCCAUCACUUAUGGCUGAGGAACCGAAACCAGUAAGGGACUAUGAUGUCCCAUCUGUGUUGGCAUCACCAUCGAGCAUUCGUCGUCCAACCAUUGAUGCCAAUAAUUUUGAAAUCAGACCAGCCAUAAUUUCAAUGAUUCAGCAAUCCUCCAUCUUUUAUGAGAUAUGUGACACAUUUAAGUGCAAUGGAGCUACCAACGAUGUUGUUCGCUUAAGGCUUUUUCCUUUCUCAUUAAAGGAAAAGGCAAAGUCAUGGUUGAAUUCUCAACCACCUAAUUCGAUUACUACCUGGGACGACUUGGCCAAGAAAUUUUUAGCUAAAUUCUUUCCUCCUGCAAUGACUGGAAAACUCAGGAAUGACAUCAUGUCAUUUGCUCAGAAUGACAUGGAGCCUUUUUAUGAAGCAUGGGACAGAUACAAGGAUAUGCUAAGGAAAUGCCCACAUCAUGUGCUACCUACUUGGAUGCAAGUUCAAGCGUUCUACAAUGGUUUGAACAAUACAAGCAAAACAACAAUUGAUGCUGCAGCUGGAGGAGCUUUGAUGGGAAAAACAUAA